UUUUUUGCACCCACUUAGCGUGCUUUUGUGCAAGGGCGUGUGAGUUUCCGCAGCAUGAGUGCGAAUUACUCUUCCAACGAGACGACGACUAACGACUGCAGCCCGCUCUUCUCUUCGGACCUAAAAUGCGAUGUAAUCCUCGGGUUCAGGAGAGCUGUAGGGAUCAUCUCCAUUCUCUGCUGCAUCUUCAUCAUAACUGUCAUUAUCCUCUUCAAAAAGUAUAAAUUUUUCCCACAGCGACUGAUCCUAUACCUGAGCGUUUCUGCUUUAUUCCAAGCCAUUGGCUAUGUAAUGGGCGACUACCACGUUGCGAGGAAUGCUCGAGAGGGCCAGGCAUCCUUUGAAGGUUUCUGCAUCUUUCAAGGCUACUGGGUUCUCUUUUUCGACUGGGUGUCUUUGUUGUGGGUGUGCUGUAUCACUUUCAACGUCUUCCUGACUGCUGUCUUCUCACGCACGGGAGAAAGAUUUGAAAAGUUUUUCUUCAUCGUUGUGUUUGCAAUUUCCCUCACCAUCAGUUUUAUCCCUUUCAUCAAGAGCACAUACGGACCUGCUGGACUGUGGUGCUGGAUCAGAUCAACAGACAACGGAGAGCCCUAUUCUCCUGGCAUUGCAAUGCAGUUCUCUGUGUUCUACGUGCCGUUCUGGAUCUCCUGCAUAGUCCUACUCUGCAUGAUAGCUACUGCUUAUGCAUUUGUCCGUAAAAACAGACAUCGAUAUGAAGGUCACGAUCGUUCAAACGAUAUUCAAAUGAAAUUGUGGCAGGAGGAAAUCAGGCCUCUCAUGUUCUUUCCACUGAUAUACAUUGCUAUCCUCAUCUUCCCAUCCAUCAACAGACUCAGAUAUGCAUUUGGAUAUGAGGCUGAAGAUGCACCAGAAAACUUCUUUUUCUGGUUCAUGCACUCUGUGACGCUCACCCUGCACGGCACAGUCUAUGCUCUUGUCUUUGGAUGUGACCGCCAGACCAUGUGGCGAAUGAAAUGGACUGAAAUCAAGGGAGCUAUGAUGCAGUGGAGGAUGAAGCCCAAGGUCACUGAGUAUUCAAUAGGGAUCAAGAAAACCAGAGAGGCAAGCGUCUACCAAACGUCAUCUUAUCGGACAAAGGAGGACAGCAUUUGACAUACACACAAUAAUCUUCUUAGUGCAGCCUCAGUUUACAGCAUGUCCAAUUAUACGGCAUAGAAAGCAAGUUUUCUCAUUGCGAAGGGAUAUAUAUACAACAGAGAAAAUAUUUUCAUUAUAGCUUGUUGACUUUGCCAUUCUGGCAAGCUACUGAAUCUCAUGAGUAGAUUUAUAGACAUUAUUGUCAACACACUAAUGAUAGGCGAUAAAAUGACACACAAGUAAAGUGCUGCUGCAAUAAAUAAGAAUAACAAAAAUGACUGAAUAAAUCUUGGAGUGUUUGUGUAAUUAUAAUCCUGUGAAACUGGUCUUGGUAAGUGAUUGCUCAGCUGAAUCUUUAGAACACCCGUUUUAACUUUUCGUAAGUGACAAAAAACUAAGUCAAUUGUUAAGGAAACACCACUGUAGCUAGAGCUAACGAAUGAAAAUUUCAAGUGUGCAGGUAA